UCACCAUUUACUAUAAAGUUUUAAACCAAAAAUAUUGGGCUAUUUGCAAUCUCCAUCUGUAAUAAAAAUCCAUCUUUGCAGUGAGUAAAGUGGCUUUUGAGACAAAGAGAGAAACCAUGAAGAGAGUCUUUACUUUUGGCAAAGGAAAGAGUGAAGGCAACAUGGGCAUGAAGUCCUUGUUGGGAGGCAAAGGAGCAAACUUGGCAGAGAUGGCGAGCAUUGGAUUAUCAGUACCUCCAGGACUCACCAUAUCAACAGAAGCAUGUAAAGAGUAUCAGAAUGGGAAGAAACUACCAGAUGGGUUGUGGGAAGAGAUAUUGGAUGGGUUGAAGAUUGUUGAGAAGGAGAUUGGGGCUUUUCUUGGUGAUCCUUCUAAGCCUCUCCUUCUCUCUGUUCGAUCUGGUGCUGCUAUAUCUAUGCCUGGCAUGAUGGACACUGUUCUCAACCUUGGUCUGAAUGAUGAAGUGGUUGCUGGUUUGGCUGCAACAAGUGGAGAGCGGUUCGCUUAUGAUUCAUAUAGGCGAUUCCUAGAUAUGUUUGGAGAUGUUGUCAUGGGCAUUCCACACUCAUCAUUCGGAGAAAAGUUAGAAAAUUUGAAGAAUGUAAAAGGAGUUAAGCUUGAUACUGAGCUAACGGCCUCUGAUCUAAAAGAGCUGAUUGAACAAUACAAGAAUGUCUACCUUAAAGCGGGUGAAAAUUUUCCUUCAGACCCAAAGAAACAAUUACAGCUGGCUGUUCAAGCAGUUUUUGACUCCUGGGACAGCCCAAGAGCUAUAAAAUAUCGGAGCAUUAACCAGAUAACUGGGUUAAUGGGUACAGCAGUGAACAUUCAAUGCAUGGUGUUUGGGAACAUUGGAAACACUUCCGGGACAGGGGUCCUCUUCACUAGGAACCCGAGCACCGGUGAAAAGAAGCUCUAUGGGGAGUAUCUAGUCAAUGCUCAGGGAGAGGAUGUAGUAGCUGGAAUUAGAACACCGGAGGACUUGGACACCAUGAAAAGUGCCAUGCCUGAUGCUUACAAGGAGCUUGUGGAGAAUUGUGAAAUUUUGGAGCAUCACUACAAGGAUAUGAUGGAUAUAGAAUUCACUGUCCAAGAAAGUAGGCUUUGGAUGUUGCAAUGCCGGUCAGGCAAGCGUACCGGUAAAUGUGCAGUGAAGAUUGCUGUAGAUAUGGUUAAUGAAGGGCUCAUUGAUACUCGGACUGCAAUUAAGAUGGUCGAGCCACAGCAUCUUGACCAAAUUCUUCAUCCCCAGUUUGAAGAUUCAUCUACCUACAAAGACAGAGUGAUUGCCAAGGGGUUGGCCGCUUCUCCAGGAGCAGCAGUGGGCCAGGUUGUAUUCAGUGCCGAUGUUGCUGAAGCAUGGCAUGCACAAGGAAAAAGUGUCAUCUUGGUGAGGACAGAAACCAGUCCGGAGGAUGUUGGAGGUAUGCAUGCUGCUUCUGGAAUAUUGACAGCUAGAGGUGGUAUGACAUCUCAUGCAGCUGUUGUAGCCCGUGGGUGGGGAAAGUGUUGUGUUGCUGGUUGUUCUGAUAUCCGAGUCAAUGAUGCCGAGAAGGUUGUUGUGAUUGGAGACAGAGUUUUUAGUGAAGGGGAAUGGCUUUCAGUCAAUGGAUCUACCGGUGAAGUAAUCUUGGGUAAACAACGACUCUCUCCUCCGGCUCUAUGUGGUGAUUUGGAGACUUUCAUGUCUUGGGCCGACAAAUUUAGGCGUCUCAAGGUCAUGGCAAAUGCCGACACGCCUGAUGAUGCACUAAUAGCAAGAAACAAUGGUGCUGAAGGGAUUGGACUAUGUAGGACAGAGCACAUGUUCUUUGCUUCGGAUCAGAGGAUAAAGGCUGUGAGAAAAAUGAUAAUGGCAGUUACACCUGAACAGAGGAAGACUGCCCUAGACGUGUUGUUGCCUUAUCAAAGAUCAGAUUUUGAGGGCUUAUUCAGUGCAAUGGAUGGCUUCCCGGUGACAGUUAGACUUUUAGACCCUCCACUCCAUGAAUUUCUACCAGAAGGUGAUCUAGGAGAGAUUGUCAGCGAACUAACCAAAGACACUGGAAUGACUGAAGAUGAAGUUUAUUCAAGGAUUGAAAAAUUAUCAGAAGUAAAUCCCAUGCUUGGUUUCCGAGGUUGCAGGCUAGGGAUAUCGUACCCAGAGCUAACUGAAAUGCAGGUGCAGGCUAUCUUUCAGGCUGCCAUGUCUAUGAGCAAGAAGGGAGUUACUGUUCUUCCCGAGAUUAUGGUUCCCCUUGUCGGAACACCUCAGGAACUAGGACAUCAAGUGAAUUUAAUUCGUAGCGUAGCGAAAAAAGUGUUCUCUGAGAUGGGAUUCUCAUUGAGCUAUAAGGUUGGGACGAUGAUCGAGGUUCCUAGAGCUGCUCUGAUUGCAGAUGAGAUUGCAGAGGAAGCAGAGUUCUUCUCCUUUGGGACCAAUGAUCUCACUCAAAUGACAUUCGGGUACAGUAGAGAUGAUGUUGGAAAGUUUCUCCCCAUAUACCUCUCCCAAGGCAUCCUCCAAAGUGAUCCCUUUGAGGUACUUGAUCAAAAAGGUGUGGGCCAACUUAUCAAGAUCACCAUGGAAAAGGGUCGUAGAGCUAGGCCGAGCUUGAAGGUUGGAAUAUGUGGAGAGCACGGGGGAGAGCCUUCUUCUGUCGCGUUCUUCGCGGAGGCUGGACUCGACUACGUUUCGUGUUCCCCAUUAAGGGUACCUAUUGCUAGGCUAGCUGCAGCUCAAGUUGCUGUGUGAUGAUGAAAUUUUGGUUUUUGUUUGGUUUCUUUGCAAUCUUGUGCGAUUAUGACUUUUAAAUCUUGUGCAAUUAUGACUUGUAAUUAAAAGUAUAACUAUGUUCACAAAUUAAAAAAAAAAAGAAAAAAAAAAAAGGAGAAUAAUAAAAAAAAGUCUUUGAAGUGGGAAAAGGAUAUCAGAAUGUGUACUGCAGUCAU